UGCCCGCUGCUGCUCUCUCCCGUCGCCAAGCAAGCAGGCAAGCGCUCUGAGAUGAGAUAGAUCUCUCAAAGUCUCAAUUUCUCUCUUGACCUGGUUCUGUUCUCCGGCCAUCGGUCAAAGGUGACGGAUUUCCUCUUCCGAGCUUUUGUAAGCGUAAAAGGGAGGAUCAGAAGGAGCUUCUACGAAUCAGAAAGGUUACUGGUUAUUCAGUCACUGAGAUAGAGGCUCGCAGUUGUUUGCUGGUGUUAGAACAGGAGUGUAGCUUGCGCAUGCUUGUUAAUAAGAUGUUGGUGCCGAAACAGUAUCGUUGCACACACUCAGCUACAUGCUUAUGCACAAAAGGUCACUUGAGCGAGGAUGCAAUCUACCUUGUCUUCCAACAUCUGAACUGGAACCCUAGAUCGAUUGCAGUAAUGUCUUGUGUUUGCAAAUGGUUUGAUGAGAUUGCCAAGCGUGUCUUCUGGAAGGAGUUUUGCCGGGCAAGGGCCCCUAAAAUGAUGCUGGAUAUGCAGUCAUGUGGGAGUCACAGUGUUGAUGGAAACUGGAAAGCACUUGGAAAGCUUCUUAUUCAUUGUUCAGGUUGCAGUCUCUUUGGUAUUGCCCAUGUCCCAGGUCACUUUGUUUAUAGGACUAGGUUUUCUAGGACUUCGGGGAAAAGCUUUCUUCUUCCACAAUGUAGGACAGAUGUUUUGUAUGUGUCUGACCCAUGUGAACACCUUGAUCAAGGUGAUGAUGGUGAUGUAGGGAUCUUUCGUGGUAUGUUCAAAUCGUUUUCGGUGUCGAGGGUAAGAAAGAUGCUUAUCGAUAGGCAGGCCCAAUUCCAUCCGACACAGGUGUGUCCAUAUUGCAAGGCAAAAUUGUGGGAUAUGUUGCAGGCCAAGAUGAUACCCAGGAGUGCUUGCAUCAGGCUGUGCGCUUACGAUGACAGCAUCGAGUGUUUUGUAUGUCUCAAUGGGCACAUGUUAGGUGCAUGCACUCUGCUGCCACUAUCUGACUCUGAGGAGGCAUCAGAUAUUGACUGAUGCUUAAAAAUGAGUAAAAUUUUGUUUGAGUUUUUUUGCAGAACAGAAAAGAGGAUCGAUACAAAACUUCUCAUUUUCGAAGCUGUGUCAACUGAUAGCUGCCCUCUUAUUCUAGUUCAAGUCUCUCUAUUUGUGCACAGAAUCAGUCGGUGAGAAGGCACAGAAAAUUGCUCAAGGGCUGUCUUAUAAGUUAUAACGCCAGAGAACAAGUAAAAAAGUCGCGUCAUGAGGAACUAGUUGAGUACUGGUCCGAAGAGUCUUGUAUAUUUGCUGCUUCAAAAUUAAGACCAAAACUGUUGGUGUAAUUUUGCCAAGGCAGUUGGUGUAAGUAUUUAUCAUCGAUCCAUGAAAUUUUAAGUUCCUUUUCUUGCUA